AUGACGUCCAUCUUUAGUCGAAUUAUGAGCUACGCAGUUUUAAUGCUUGGCCCAGUUGUAAACAUGUAGACUAUACUGAUGCAGUUCAUAAAGCCAGCUCAAAUAUGUGUAAACUGACUUUUGGUUGGUUCAAAUCACUAAGGCCUUCCUCCACAAUGGGCGUAAACGGUUGGGUAAUGUUUUAGUUAUCCAGCAGAUUUGGUUUGGGUUCAGUUCUGCCCUCCUGUGGGUAAAGUAACCACCGCAUGGGAGUUUGUAUCCUGCCAUCAAGGUUAGUCAUUAACCUUGUCUUCUCAGUCACUCAGGGCACUAAAGAAAGGGGACAGUAAGUCUACUCAGUCCAAGGCAUGCUGUCGCUCAGCCGUCACAUCUUACCAUGGGCGACCGUAACCACACCACACACGACCGGACUUUAUCUGUAGAGGACGACAUUACUGUAGUGUUUCACAAAGUUGACAGCCAUGGCAUAAACAGCGGGGGCGACCACGACGAGCAUGAUGAACGGACAGCAGAGAGGAUUCACUUGAAAAGCAGCUGUCGUGUGUCGUGUCGUGAUGAUGAUGAUGAUGAUGAUGGUGACGAUGAUGCUCAGGAGACGGAGGAGGCGAGAGGAAGCGAAAAUUCACGGGAAAGCAUGACGAAGAAAAGGCUUUGCCCGUCGGCGUUUUGCGUCAGAGGCAAGCCCGCAGCCCAGGAAGAAAGCGCACAUGAAGAGAAACCAAAGAGAUGUCCAGGUCUUGGUUUGUUCUAUGCUUUUUUGUCCACAGUUUUCUUCUCCAUAAUAACCCUCUUGGUGAAAACCAUCCAGGGAAUCCACGCCAUAGAGAUCAGCGCCAUACGCUGCUUCUUCCAGAUGCUCUUUACUGUGCCGUUUCUCAUCUACCACAAGACGGGUUUCCUUGGUCCCAGAGAUAAACGUAUAUAUUUGGUGCUUCGGGGUUUCAUUGGUUCCAACGCCAUGAUCCUGCUCUACUAUGCUGUUCAGCAGAUGCCACUAGCAGAUGCCACCGUCAUCAUGUUCAGUAAUCCAGUCUUUACUUCCCUCCUGGCCUGGAUCUUCCUGAAGGAGAAAUGCACAAUCUGGGACUGUGUCUUCAUGGUUUUCACCCUCGCCGGAGUCAUCCUCAUUGCUCGGCCACCAUUCAUCUUUGGCAAGCAUCUGGGUGGCAUCGAGGGCGACUACAAGAACCACAUCAAGGGGACCAUUGCUUCCUUUGCAGGAGCUAUUGCUGCUGCUUUUACAUUUGUUGUCCUUCGCAAGAUUGGGAAGAGCGCCCAUUAUUACCUCUCUGUCUGGUACUACGCUGUCAUCGGUUUCAUCGAGUGUGUCAUCACUGUAUCCGUCCUUGGGGAAUGGAAACUCCCAUUCUGUGGCCGCGAUCGCUGGAUGCUGGUAUUGAUUGCUGUCCUAGGUAUCGCCGGCCAGUCCUUCCUCACAAAGGCCCUACAGAUUGAGAAGGCCGGACCCGUGGCCCUAAUGAGGACCGUCGAUGUGGUGCUGGCGUUCAUCUUCCAGUUCAUUUUCUUUAACCGUGCACCAACCUUGUGGAGCCUCGGAGGGGCACUGUGUAUAGUGGCGAGCACUAGUGGAGUAGCAUUUAGGAAGUGGUACAGCAACUCUCGCAAGAGCUGAGAUGGGGAAGCAAAUCAACGUAGAAUACGCUGAUGCUACUAUUUAUUACUUUUUCACUAUAAAAUGUUCUUAGCUUAUUCUGUAUUUUACUUGUUAUUUAACCUCUGAGGAGGUUUGAGCUUGUUGCAGAGUUGAAAGCAGAAAUACAGAAUAUAAAAGAAAGAAUAUAUUAUAAAAGAAUAUAUUUAUACAUGUUGAUUCCUAAGAGUCAACCUGUGUAAUUUUUUUUGUUAUGGACUCAUUUUAUGUAAAUGAAAGGAAAUGAAGUGAAACACACCCAGGAGCUUGUGUUUAGCUAACUAAUGGAGAUUUUCUAUUUUCUCCUCAAUAAAAAAUGUGUGUGGCGUAAAUGGGGCUGAAAGUUGACGUUCCACAUAGUGUAGCAGUUUGAUGAAGAACCUCCUCAGUCUCAUGUUUUUUAGGAAGAGAUUUACUGCACUGAGACCAAUCAUACUUUAUCACAUAACAGCAUUGUGAGCAAAA